AGUAUUCGAUCGCCGGUCGAUCUGUUUGCAGGUUACAGCAACAGCGCGCGGGUACUUCGCGCGCACAAGUGCAACCAAGAAACCGCGCGCGCACAAGGCGAAAACGCAUCGUCGGCAACGUGACCGCGGCGCGAAUCAUAUCGAGGGGGUAAUAAUAUCGCGAUAUCGUCCUCCUCCGAACCGAACCGACGCGUCGGCGGCGGCGCCGUGUGUUUGCGGCUACAUACGUUCGUGUCGUACCCACAUUUAAUGUGAUUGUUUGUAUUCUUUGGCUCCGAAGAUUUUUUUUUUGGUGCACCUGUGGGGCCGAUAGUGGAAGUUUUUAUGGUUUUCACAGCUGCCAACUAUUGUAAUUGCACAAGCAAUAAGUGAACAGUGUACCACCAACCUGCGAUAGAAGCGCAAACGUCUCAUCGUCAAAUAAAAAACCGCUCAGUACCUAUCGCAACCGGCCAGACCAACCGAGAAGCAAUAAAUCGUCAUCACCAGUCACCAGCCGGGCUCUGCGAAAGUCAUGCAUAAUUUUUAUUAACACUAGAAGCGCGACUCGUGACAGGUCCCGUGUGUCCCUCCGUGCGCGUCGUUUGCUAAUUCUUCAGAAUCGUUAGAAAGAGUGCCCAAUCAGCAGAGGUAGAUAGAGAGUGAACGAAGGUGAAUAAAUAUCAAAAACGUGACAUAAAAGUGCAUGAAAGUUAAGCGCAGAGAAGAAGAAAAAUCUCGGGUUCAACUAAGCAUUGGCGAAGAAAAAAAAAGGUGCAGUGAGGAGUGUCAGAAAGUAGCCGAAUCAACACUGUACCUGGUGGCAUGCGAUGAAAGAGCAGCGAUGAAAUGCAGCGUGAUUAAUUGAAAAAUGAUAAAGUUCUUCGUCAAGUGGGAGUAAGAAGGUAGUCCCCACCGUGGGGCCAAGCUGGUGGAAGAAAUCGCGAAUGAACGACACGGCCAAAGUUUUGAUCUGAAGGAUCUUGACAGUUCAUCUGAUAGAGUCUCCGGAGUUAAAGUGCAGCAGCUUGCCGGCUGUUGGCUGAUGCUGCUGCCCGGCAAGGACGACAACGUGGGAGCAGCCCAAAGAAAAACGCAGUAAUCCAUCAUGCUGUCAGCAGAGGCUCCCGUAAGCCACAACCACCAUCUACUGCCAGAUCGGUUGAGUGCUCCGGCCCUGACACGCCGAAAAUUCAGCUUUCCGGCUAACCUUCACUCAACGGUUCUGCACGGGGAUCCCCCGGGUUCCAUCAACGCAGGCUCAUUACAACCAUCCAGCACAGCAUCGUUAGCACGGCGGCGACUCAGUAACGUAAGCGACGUAGUCACUAGGAAACUGUCCAGCACAAUCGGAUGGAAGCAACCAGUGCUGCCAUCACAGGACAUCAUAACACAGGGAAAAUGCCUCUGCGGCCAGUACAUCCGAUGCCGGCUGAAAAAGUCCGGCGUAUUCAAUAGGAAACUUGGACUGCAAAGAAUUAGAAGUAUUGUCGGAACACCGACCAUUCACGUCGUACGAGAAGUCUUCCCAGCGUUGUUAAGCGUUGGCGAAGAGCUCGAGCGGAUGUAUCCUCGGGUUUACAACGGGGUGGCACGUCAACUUAGCCGAAUCGGACGGGGCGAACUGAAGACGCCCGAAACAGCUCCCGUACUGCUUAGCGCAAUAGCGAGGGAUUUGUUCCGGAGCGACAUCACCUGGGGUAAAGUGGUCUCGCUGUUUGCCAUCGCUGGAGGCCUGUCGGUGGAUUGUGUUCGCCAGGGACACCCGGACUAUCUGCCAAAACUGAUCGAAGGGGUGGCCGACGUUAUCGAGGACGAACUCGUGACGUGGAUUUCAGAAAAUGGAGGCUGGGUUGGACUAGCAAACAAAGUACGCCCUCCACAGGAAGAGAUAACAUUCACCGGACGUUGUUUUGUUGGAGCUGGUUUGUUAGUUUGUUUAUUUAUUGUUGUGUUUCUGUUAAAAACUUUAGGUAUAUACAUGUUUCCAAAUAUAUUUACGUAGUAGAAAAA